AUGCACGAGAAUUUAUACCAGGUAUACAAGUGCUAGAGACGGCAUCCUUACAAUACCUAAAGUGGACGGGCUGUUGUUGGUUUCUCCAAUUUGUGCGUAAAUAAGAAAAAAAGCACCAUGCCAUUCUUCAGAAACCUCGUGCUGUUGUUUCUACUCGCAUGCAUGGCACAGCAUGUCUCCGAGGCGUGGGGUGUCAAGGGUCGCGAGAAGAAGGGUAAAAAAGACGGCGCUGAAAGCAGCAGCGGUACAAGCAGGCUGACAAGAAAUCCAAAUGGAAACGACAAUGUGUUUAAGGGGAAGUUCUCCACCAAGGACAAGACGCAGUGCACAUGGAAGGCCGAGGGCACGGACACUUACGUUAUGACCGUCACUUGCAACAAAGGCAAAGAAACUCGAGAGUGCACGUAUACGGCUAGACCUGACACUUGUCCAGGUUACACUGGUAACACCAAAGGAUACUGGAAACAAAUUGGACGUGCUAUUAAGAAGCAAAAGAAACUUUGCCAAGACCCUAGCGCUCUUAUCCGGACUGGUAUGUGUAAGCGCGCGCCAGAGGACGCGCACUUCAAGCUCACCGAUACAACAACAAACGCGGACUUGACGAAAGCUGUGCCAACCAGAAAGCCCGCAGCAGGAAAGAAACAGGUGCCAACGACUACAAAGAGGACCACCACAGUUGUUACGACUGAAGGAACAAAGCCAGAUAAGUCCUGCACAGAGCGGGUCGACCAUAUGAAGUUAGCCGAGGAGAAAUGCGGGGGGACCUGGGCUAGUCUCUGUAACUUCUUCUUUACUAUUGUACAAAGUGGUGACUGCUAGUUUUUUUGGUGUAUUGUGAAUGUGUGUGUGUGUGUGUGUGAGAGAGAGAGAGAGGGAGAGAGUGAUCCUUUCUUAAUGCGUAAAACUCAGAUUUUCCACAUAUAGCACUGCGACAUGAUGAGGAGCAUCUAUUCAUUUUUUUGUUUCUAAUAACUAGUAAUUUAACUGAUUCAAAAUGUAAGUCCUCACAACUAUAACUUAAAACAUGUCAGAUGCACUACAGGGAUGUUGAACAAUACUUCACACCAGUUGCUUCGAUAUUGUACUUAAACCACACUAUUGUAUUUAUGUUUUGCAAAUACAAAAUAAAUAUAUAAAUACA